AGUCCCUCUCCCUGGUCCGUUACCCAUAGAAGAACUGCCACUGUUCUUUCUCUAGCUUCACCUUUGCUGCUGGUUCAAAAGUUCCCAAUAGCAAGCAGCAGCACCUCCAUCGCUCAUGGCAUCAUCACUUGCCCUGCACAGUCUCGUCGUCCCCGUCUCAACCCACCGCUCCCCGCAAUGCUUCAGAACUCAAAACCUAACAUUCACCUACUCCCAAUUCCUCUCCUCAGCGUCCACCUCACGACUGAAGAGCCAAACCCUGUUCCUCAACACCGGAACAGGCGGGUCGAGAACCCCGAAACGCCGUGCUUUGCCGGUCAUAUAUGCUGUGCAAUCGAACUUCUUUAGAGUUCUUCAGACGGUAUGGAAGGUUGGGAAGGAUGGAAUCGAGGCAGGAACCAAUCUCGUUCCUGAUUCUGUCCCAAGACCAGUAGCUCGUGUUUCAGUAACAGUAGUCGCAUUGGCCCUGUCACUCUUCGUGCUCAAGUCGUUUCUUUCGACUGCUUUCUUCGUGCUGGGCACGAUGGGACUCAUAUAUUUUGUAUUCCUAGCUUUGAACAAGGACAAUGGACCGAAAGGAGGGGGCGGGGGCACCUCUUCCUCGUCCCCCACCUCCGUUGAUGAAUCUCUAGAAGAGGCAAGAAGAAUAAUGGAAAAGUACAAGUGAAGAGGGAUGAUUGUGUGAGUAUGUAUUCAAAGUAAAGGGAGGGAUAUGUAUAUACUUGCAGAGGGGGAGAAAUUGUUCUACUUCCAUCUAUGAAAUCCUUCUAUGUCAUUUCUCUAGUCAUUAUGUGGCAUACUGAAUUAUAUAUCCAAUUUUGUAGAGCAAAUGAAUGAAAUUUUUGGAAACCGAGGAAUUGGAGACGAAUCGUUUACGCA